GGCGCGCGCGUCAGUCCGCGCGCUCCGGUCCCGCCCCGCGGUCCCCAGCCGGGCCGGGCCUCGUCCCCGGCGGCGCUGAGGGCGCCUCCCUCUCACCGAGAGAGCUCGGGGGCGUUGCUGGGGGGCAUCAAGUCCCGAACAGGAAUGUUAUGCUUUUAAACAAGAGAUGAUAAAACUGCUGAAAAACCAGAGCUAGACCCAGAAAAGAACUAAUGGAGGUGUGCAGCAAAAUGGGUUGAGAGCACAGCUGCCUUAUUCCACCGAAUUUCUGUUUUCAACCAGUGCUGGCUGAGCUGAAACUUCCUGCACGUUGUGGAGAGCAUGUAUAAAAGGAAUGACCUCAUGGCCAGUGUGAUGGUCACCUCUGCCACUCCAGAGGGUAGUAGCAGCUCAGAUUCCCUGGAAGGGCGAAGUUCAGAAUAUGCCAAUAAAAGCUACGAUGCAGUUGUAUUUGAUGUGUUGAAAGUGACUCCUGAGGAGUUUGCUAGCCAGAUAACAUUGAUGGAUAUGCCAGUAUUUAAAGCUAUACAACCUGAGGAACUAGCCAGCUGUGGAUGGAAUAAGAAAGAAAAACACACCCUCGCUCCAAAUAUUGUUGCCUUUACUAGGAGGUUUAACCAGGUCAGUUUUUGGGUUGUACGAGAAAUAUUAACAGCACAGACCUUAAAAAUAAGGGCAGAAAUACUGAGCCACUUUGUGAAAAUAGCUAAAAAGCUUUUAGAACUGAACAAUCUUCAUUCUCUUAUGUCUGUGGUGUCAGCUCUGCAGAGCGCCCCUAUCUUCAGGCUGACCAAAACUUGGGCUCUUUUGAAUCGGAAAGACAAGACCACCUUUGAGAAGUUAGACUAUUUACUGUCUAAGGAAGAUAAUUAUAAAAGGACACGAGAGUACAUCAGAAGCUUAAAAAUGGUUCCUACGAUUCCAUAUUUAGGAAUUUAUCUCUUGGAUUUAAUCUACAUAGAUUCUGCAUAUCCUGCUUCAGACAGCAUAAUGGAGAAUGAACAAAGAUCCAAUCAAAUGAACAAUAUUCUCCGAAUAAUAGCUGACCUGCAAGUAUCCUGCAACUAUGAUCAUCUCACAACACUUCCCCAUGUGCAAAAGUAUUUGAAGUCUGUCCGUUACAUUGAAGAACUUCAGAAGUUUGUAGAAGAUGACAAUUACAAAUUAUCUUUAAGAAUUGAGCCAGGUAACAGCUCUCCUCGACUGGUUUCCUCCAAAGAAGAUCUUGCAGGUCCAUCUGACAUGUCAGCAAUUAUGAAAUUCAGCAGGAGACCCACAUGUCCUGAUGCCUCAGUAGCAGCAAGUCUAUCUACACCUCCUGUACCAAGGCACCGGAAGAGUCACAGCCUAGGAAACAAUAUGAUGUGUCAGUUGAGCGUCGUGGAGAGCAAAAGCGCCACCUUCCCGACGGAGCGGCCCCGGCACCUGCUGGACGACAGUGUCCUGGAGUGUCACAGCCCGGCGCGCGGCCACACGCCCAGCACGCGCCUUCUUGCCAACGGCCUCUCCAUAGACAGCAGUGAAAGCUCAGAAUUUAGUGAGGAGCUGCCGUCAGGGCUUGAAAGGGGUCGUUUAUAUGCCACGCUGGGGCCUAACUGGAGGGUACCGGUCAGGAAUUCUCCUCGGAGUCGAAGCUGUGUCUACAGCCCAACAGGUGCAUGCAGCUGCACAGCAGGUGGUUCCACAGGAGUCAUUACCAUGGAAGGGCCUUUAAGAAGAAAAACACUGCUCAAAGAAGGCAAGAAACCUACUCUCUCCUCAUGGACUAGAUACUGGGUCAUGCUUUCAGGAUCAACUCUUCUGUACUUCGGAGCAAAAGCUUUAAGAGGCACUGAAAGGAAACAUUAUAAAUCUACACCUGGGAAAAAAGUCUCCAUUGCAGGCUGGAUGGUGGCACUGCCUGAUGACCCAGAGCAUCCUGAUAUUUUCCAGUUAAAUAACCCUGACAAAGGCAAUGUUUACAAGUUUCAGACUGGUUCAAGGUUUCAUGCAAUAUUGUGGCAUAAGCAUCUGGAUGACGCAUGCAAAAGCAACAAGCCUCAGGUACCUGCUAAUCUAAUGUCAUUCGAAUAAUUUCCUCUCCUACCUGGUGUGACUUCAAGUGCCAAACUGAAGAAACAGGUUAUUGUUCUCUGAGGAAGAAGAGGAGAAUGGUUUUCCUGACAUGAGCCAGCCACAGAUAUUUCAGCACUUUCCUAUGUAACUUGAAAGUGAAUCUGACACAGCUUUUAAAAGCAGAAAGUGAAUGUUAUUCCUAGGACCAGAUAAAGUCUCAUGCACUGAGUGAAAGCAGACAAGUUAGAUGGACAGAAGAUUAAUCCUGGCUCCUGCAGGAUUCUAGAGCCCUCAACUAUUUGUGGUCAGAGACUGCAUGAACUGAUAUUUGGCCACAAACUGAGCAUUAUAUCUUCUGCCUGUUCUUUUUCAAAUGGUUCUUUUUAUUGUUAAGCUGCUUUGUGUGACUGAAGAAUAUUUGGCCCAUGUUGGGUUUCAUUUCUUUCUAAUGCACAGAAUGACUGACAGUGUUAACUUGCUCCAAAGUGUCAAUUAGAAUAGAAAAUUGUGGAACAACAUUUUUAUAACCUAAGUGCACUGAGUUGCUUGGAAAUGUGGCUGCCUCAAAUUUUCUAUCAAAUCUCUGGACAAUAUGCUGUUCAUAUUUGAGCUAUUUGGGAAAAAUGUAUUUUGGCAUAGGACAGUUGGUUUUCUUUUUCAUUCAGUUAUUUUGCUCAGGAAUAUGCUGGUAAUAGAUUUAAGGCUGUUUAAAUUUAUGUUGUGCUGAAGUUUGUCUUUCAUUCUUUUACCAAUGGCAUAGUUGCUUAUAAAUUUGGUGUUUUGGUUCAGUCUGAAUGUUGCUCGUUUCAAACCCCUUAGCACAGGGAAGCAGGUAAUCAGGUGUUUUAUAUCACAUGGUCCUGGCUCCUCAGAAUGACUCCAUAUCAUUGUUUCUGUUAUGUCCUUCUGCGGAUGCCUUGGCUCCACUCAAUUACAGUAUGUGUUGUGACUUCAGGACAUUAGUACUGCUAUUAUAAAAUCAUGGUGGCAGUGAAAGACUGUUCAACAGUGGAGCAAGUACAAAGAAAUCUCCACAUCAAUAUCCAGAGAAUAAAUGAGCAAACAAAAGUGUAACUGGACCUUCUCCUCUGAAGGAACUCUCUCUGUGCUGUAUUCCUGCGGUACCCUGGCACUCCUGCAGUCAGAAUCAUUUUCUGUUCAUUUGUUAAAUUCAUCCCUUUUUCUUUUUGAAACUCUUUUGCCAUAUAGCAUCAUUAUUCAGACUUCAUCCAUCACCAGAAAGCCUCCUCUGACUUUCCUAAGAUUGCGUAGAGGAGAAAUUGGCAAGUCAGCCUUUAACUUACAAACCAGGAACACCAUGAAAGUCAGUUUAAGUGAACAGAACCUCUACUAGAACAAGCUCCCUAGCAUUAGCAGUAUGUAUUCUGUGGACUUCCAUGAGUUUCUACAUUUUAAUUUUGAAACUUCUCUAACAGCAAGGAGAAAAAGCCAACUGUGUUGUUAAGUAAAGGUCAAAAGUAAAUUUAUUGUUCUUUUAAGAGUUCAUGUUACAAUCCUGAAAGCCUAAUGCAUACCAGGAUUUCAAGAAAAACAGUUCCUGAUAACAAUUGCAUUUAGAUCUUGGGACAUGGGAAAGUGUAUGUAAAGUUGACAAAAUUUAUUUGAUAACUGAGGAACUCUGUGAAAAGAGUUGUAAUUAAAAAUAUAUUUGUGUUGUUUUUCUCUUUCUUUGCUAACUUAAGACAACUUUGAACUAGGAAAUACAUGGUUAUCUGCAAGGGCAGAGCAUCGAACGCCAUUAGAGGUGGUAUAGAAGCUUUUGAAUGUGGUAACAUCCUGUCAGCAGUAAAUGACUUCAGACUGUUAGGCUGUGAUAUAGUCUGAAUUAUUCUACACCUGUGGAUUUUUGUGAUUAGUCAUCAAUGAGAUUAAACAUCUUUUCCGGAUAGCACAAUUGUGAAAUUGCUGCAGAGUGUUGAGAAAUUCAGGCAGUGAAAGAAUAAUGAUGGCAGUGAAAGAAUACUAGUAAAACAUCUUAAACCAAUUUUAAAUUAGUCUUUAAGGAUUAAACAGUUCCUAGCUGCUGAUUAGAGGUGUUAUGAUGCCAUUUGGUACCAUUUGCUAUUACCAGGUACUGCUAUGGUUAAUUGAAAGCUGCUAUUGAAAUACAAUAGGUUGCCUGUCACUACUGAUUGUUACAGCAUUUCCACAAAAAAAAUUUCACAAACCAUACAAGUUUUCCUCCAUCAAAGAGAACAACUACAGUAGUUAUGUAAAAGUAAACAUUAUGACAUAAUUACCAUUUUCACAAUUGUGAGGAUAUAUUAACUAUAAGUAAUAUUAUUAGUUUAUUUAAUGUAUCGCUUAAUUUAUUUAAAUAAUUUUUAUUUUAUUAUUUAAUUAUUUGUUAUUUAUUUUUAUUUAUUUAAUUAAGUGUAAUUCAGUGCCAAAAUGCAUGUUUUUCCAAGUAGCACUAAAAUGAGGCAAAGAAACUAGUUUUCAAAGUGAGACUGACUUGUCACACUAUAAUGGUAAUCAGUUUCAACAUUUUGGUUUGUUUUGUGUGGAAACUGUUGCACUAUUUUUGGCUGUGUUUUUCAGCAGUCCACUGCAUGCCAUUUGUGUAAAGAAUUCUUUCUAAAAUUCUUGUGAACUGUCUCACCUGUAAGAACUCUGGUGUUGGAACCUAGGUUUUUGGCAAAGUAUUUUGUAACCUCAGUCUUGUAUCGAGUUGCUGCAUUUUUCAGUUUGUUACAUUGAUAAUAAUGAUUGUUUUGCUAAUUAAAUACUUUAAUGUAAAAAAAGUUUGUUUACUACAACAGUAAUAGCAUUUGGUUGUAAGUUUAAAAAUGUGCAGGGUAUGUAUGCUGUUGACAAUAAAAUAUUCUGAAAAAGAA